AUUUACCAAAUACUAGCAUUAGCGGGUUUAACCACCCAACCCUCUAUUUAUAUCAAAAUAAGCUAAAAUUGCUCAAUAAGCUAAUUUGCCAAACAUCACAGUAUUAUCCAUUUUUUCUUUUAAUUUUAAUAUUCACAUUUAAUGGUUGAUUUUUAUUUUGGUCAAUUUUUGUUUCUUCAAUAACAUAAACCAAAAAGAAAAAACCGAAAUCGGAAGAAUCAGAUUUUGCGUGGCUCGUACUUUUCUGUGCUCUUCACACGUCUGUUCAUCGAUCUUCCCCAAUUCUCUUGUCUGGGGUUGUCUACAAAGGUCUCCAAUUCAGUUUGUCCAACUACCCAAUAGUGGAAACAAAAAGAAGCCCGACUAAUAUGAAUUUUGUACAAAUCUUUUGCAUAUGGUCUAGUCCUUAGCAUUUUUUUUAAUAGUGCCCAGGCUUCUCCAUGGUUGUCCGUUGUCAGUGUAUAUAUACUCCAUAUCAUAUUCUAUUUAACUAGCUAAUUAUUGUCAUAAGUUGAGCCGUUUCCAGCAGGUCAACUGCCCUAGGAAGUUAUCAUGGACUUUUUUCUAAACAGAAUGAGGGAGAAGGCAUCUGAUUGCCCCUUUGAAGAGCAAGAUAUCCAGCAAUGUCCUUUCUUGAGGAACAUUACGAAACCGACAAACUUGUCAUUCUCACCUGUGAAUCUUCCUGCUCCAUUAGCUGGAGCUAAAGGUCCCAUCUUUGAAGAUGGUCCAAAUUUCGAUUUGGCCUUCAACCUUUUCCAUGGCAAGGAUGGUGUUGUUCCGCUCACAAACAGGCCAAAUCUUCACGGUGAUAAUUAUUUUGAAUCUGAAUCUGCCCCAAAGUUCAAUCCUUUAGCUGCAAAAGCGGCCAGCAUUAGUUUGUCAUCAUUUGGACUUGGAGGGCCAUUUGGUUUCAAUUUCUUUUCUGACAAAUUGAAGAAACAGAGGCAGGAAACCGAGUCCUUAGGAGAGAAGAAAAAUCAUUCUCAGAAACAAAAUUCAUCAGGGCAUGAGGCUAUCAGCAAUGAGUGGCUUCAAACUGGGAAUUGCCCAAUUGCGAAGUCUUAUCGAGCUGUAAGUCACGUUCUUCCCCUUGUUGCUAAGGCUCUACAACCACCCUCUGGUAUGAAGCUCCGUUGUCCUCCCACCGUAGUUGCUGCCAGGGCUGCUCUCGCACGGACCGCCUUUGUAAAAAAUCUCCGCCCACAACCAUUACCUGCUAAGGUGCUAUGCAUUGCUGCGUUGGGAAUGGCAUCCAAUAUACCACUGGGUAUAUGGAGGGAACAUACACAGAAAUUCUCACUGUCAUGGUUCAUUGCAGUUCAUGCUGCUGUCCCCUUCAUAGCCAUGCUUAGAAAAUCUGUCAGGAUGCCUAAAGCUGCCAUGGCCUUAACCAUUGGUGCGUCUAUUCUGGGUCAGGUAAUUGGCUCAAGAGCUGAGCGGAUUCGGAUGAAAAUUGUGAGUGAGACGCACAUUUCAGCGUCACAAAAAGCUGGCAAUGAAGAUUCUACAAACUACAACUCUGACAGCAUAGAGAGUUUUGCUAAAUUCCAUUGUGGAAAUCAGCAAAUGAUGUCGGUGACACUUUCUAGCAAGCGUGUUAAUGCAGAUUCGCCUGGAACUCGAGGUAAUGUCUGCUUCUGAGAUGGCUGAGGAUGCUAAGAAGAAUUACAGUCAACUAUGGUAGUGUGCAAUAUAUAGGUUAUAUACUAAUCCAUGAUCUUGUGCAGUUUGUUCUGAGGUGAAUUGCUGAUAAACUAUUGUUGAAACAAACAUAUGAAAUUGUAAAGAAACAUUACUUUUGUCUAUGGAUCAAUGCCAUAAUUCAGACUGCUUCAUUUUGUAUAUAGAGUGCUCCUUUAGAGCCAAUCUGUUUUUAGGCUCGUCGAUUAACAAUCUACAAUAUUAAGGGUCAAAUCUGGGCCCGUUGUACACUUA